AUGGAGGAAAUCAAGAGGUACGUGGAAGAUAGGCUUGGACAGCACAAGAUAAAGAUUGACGUGAGUUCUGUGGUUGAGGAGCUUGUCCUGUCGAACAAGAUAAACGAGUUCAUGCCUCCAAGCUCGAUAUACAGUGUGGUUCUGAUGCAUCUUGGAAAGCAUGACGAGAUGUACAAAUGCAUUCUUAGCGGCGAGUAUCUGUUCGACAUCGAGGUAGGACUGAACGACAGGGAGUCCCUGUACAGUAGCAGUGAGCUCAAGGAGGCAGUGGCGAGAGUUUUUGGACCUCGAGUGAGGUAUGUCUAUGUCAGUACCUCUGGACACCGGCAUUUUAUCGGGAUCAAGCUCAGCAGCAAGGGAUAUGAUCCCGUGGCAAGCCACAAUGGCCCUGAGAGCACGAUUCCGUACUUCCUGCUGGUUGAUGGGCUAAAGACAUUCAAGGCAGGUGACUUUGAGUGGAAUGAGAUAGUGUUUGGAUUCAAGACAACGGGGGAUGAGCAUUCGAAAUAUGUUGAGGUUCUUGAGCAUGUCAAGAGGAUCAGGCUUCCUGUGCAAAUAAUCGACGACGACGCAAUGCAUAUAGGUACUUCUGUGACGAAUGUCCACGAAUGUUAUCUGCACUGCAGGUCUCAGGAGAACUGGCCGGAGGAUCAGGAUGCCCUCGACUGUGCGAAGACGGCCCUGUACUGCCUGAUAUACAAGAAAAGCAAGCACAGAAGCGCGAUUGGAUACAACUAUGUUCUCCUGAAGUACAGAGGCUCGUAUUUCAAGUUCCAGAUCAUGAUAAGGAGAGACAGAAAUGCCGAGUUUAGGAUCAACAGCCGAAUAUCGGAAGUUGUUGGCCAGCAGUCGGACAUGUUCAAGAAGAACACGGUGUCUGUCAAAAGAUUUCUGGACAGCCAUGGAUAUCUUCCUGUAUACUUCGAUGACAGGCUUGUGGAGCUGAUUUGCCUGAUGGUGGGGAGAGGGAUAAACUCGUUUGGGAGAUUUUUUAACGAGUUUCUAAGGUACCAGAUUCGGCUUGAGGGCUGCUCAUUUAAUCUAGAGACGCUGAAGGUCUCAGAAAACAAGAACAGAAGAUUUGAGGUGGUGUACCAGCAUGACAUAGUGGUGAUAAGAAUGCCGCCCCAGAAGAUAGUCCAGCGACUGAAUGCCCUAAAGAAGGCUGUAUUGGCACAAAAACUUGCCCUAUUUGACGAAAAGUUCCGGUUGCAGACGCACAAGUUGCUGCAGCCAUCCUUCAAGGACUAUGACUUUGUCCUGAGUCUUUCCUACAGGCCAGGCUUUGUUGAGGUUGAGGACAAGACAGACCCUCCAUUUCUGUUUGGAGUACCCUCUGUUGAAGAGUUUCUUGUGCCUAGUCUGAGGAGUAAAGGAUACUUCUUCUAUUCUCCAAGGCAUUCGGUUCUCAUGGUCAAGGUCCACGAGGAGUUUGACCCGGAAGAGUUGCUUUAUGUCUUGAUACUAAAGACCGGGUUUAGAUACUUUCUCAGAAACUUCUGA